AUGUCUGACGAACAACAAUUCAACGCAUUAAUUAAAGAUUAUCCAGAAGAUCUACAAAAAAAAGUUUUACUUUGGCUAGAGCAAGACAAGGAUGAUUCAACGAGAAAAGAAAUCAUUGACUUAUGUAAAUCUGCAAAUGUUAAAGAGUUGCAUGAAAGAUUUGAUUCCAGAAUUACUUUUGGUACUGCAGGUUUAAGAUCGACUAUGGAAGCAGGGUUUAGUAGAAUGAAUACCUUAACGGUAUUACAGGCAUCUCAAGGUCUUGCUACUUAUAUGAAAAAUGAUGCUAAAAACACAGGCCAAAAAUUAAUUGCAGUAAUUGGUCAUGAUCAUAGAUAUCAUUCAAAAGAAUUUGCAAAAAUUGCUGCUACUGUUUUUUUGAUUGCUGGCUUUAAAGUAUAUUAUCUAAAUGAUGAUUCAUUGGAGGAUCCGCGUGAUAACAAAUUUGUCCACACACCAAUGGUACCUUUUACAGUUAAAAAUCUAAAAGCUUCAGUAGGUGUAAUGGUCACUGCUAGUCAUAAUCCUAAAAUGGAUAAUGGUUAUAAGGUCUAUUAUUCAAACGGAUGUCAAAUAAUUCCACCUCAUGAUUCGGGUAUUUCACAAUGUAUAGAUGCUAAUCUUGAACCAUGGGAAAAUUCAUGGAAUUAUAAAGAAAUAAUGGCAAACGCAGAAUCUAAGGGGGAUCUAAUUUAUCACAGAGAUGUGAUGUUAAAUGAUUAUAUUACACAAUUAGAAGAAAAAUUAACAUCAAAGGAUAUAAUCCAUUUAAGUAAAAAAAUUGAUGUUAAAAGUAAACCAUGGUUUGUUUAUACCCCCAUGCAUGGUGUUGGUUAUGAAAUUUUUACUAAGAUAUCUAAUGAAAUACUUCAUAUGAAAGAAGGCGAAGAUUUUAUAGUAGUUGAAGAGCAAAAACAUCCUGAUCCAGGAUUUCCAACAGUCAGCUUCCCUAAUCCUGAAGAAAAAGGGGCCAUUGAUAUGGGUAUUAAACUUGCAGAAGAUAAUGGUAUUUCUUUAGUUAUUGCCAAUGAUCCAGAUGCAGACAGGUUUUCCAUUGCUGUUAAAUCCAAAGGUUCACAAGGUACGUGGCAUCAGUUUACUGGGAAUGAAAUUGGAUAUUUAUUUGCAUAUUUUGAAUUUCAAAAAUACAAAAUCUCAAAGCAAGAUCUCCAUAGGUUGUAUAUGGUUAAUUCUACUGUAUCCUCACAAAUGAUUAAAAAAAUGGCUGAAAUAGAAGGAUUCAAUUAUGAAGAAACUUUAACUGGUUUUAAAUGGAUUGGUAAUCGAGCAAUUGAUUUAAUUAAUAAAGGUAAUAUAGUUCCAUUUGGAUAUGAAGAAGCAAUUGGAUAUAUGUUCCCCACAAUGGAAAUUGAUAAAGAUGGUAUUGCUGCUACUGUUAUUUUCAUUCAAGCUUUUAUGUAUUGGAACCAAAUUGAUAAGAUGGACCCAUAUGAAAUUAUACAAUUAGGCUUUAAAAAAUAUGGUGUCUUUAUAGAAUAUAAUGGAUAUUAUAGAUAUACAGACCUUGGUAUUACCAAGAAAAUAUUUGAUUAUGUGAGAUAUGAUUACGAUAAAGGCGUUUCAGAAGGUAAUAAGAAAUAUCCAGAUCAUAUUGGUGAAGAAUUUAAAAUAAUAAAAUAUAGAGAUUUAACAACUGGAUACCAAUCUGAUACUCCAGAUAAUAAACCAUUACUUCCUGUUGACCCAAGUUCUCAAAUGAUCACUGUUGAAAUGAUUCCCACUGAUAAUGAAUCGGAUGGUUCAAUACGUCUUACAAUUCGUGGUUCUGGUACUGAGCCGAAAUUAAAAGUCUAUAUAGAAGCCUGCAGCAGAUCUGCUACAGAAGCUUCCUUUUUAGCUAAGCAAGCAUGGAAUGUGUUGAAAAGAGAAUGGAUGAGACCUGAACAAACAGGUAUUACUACAGCUUUCUAG